CUUGCCAUUCGACAAACUCGCUUGACGCAUUUACCUAUCUGUGAGAGAUAAUUAUAAUAAAAUUAAACAAGUUAAUUUUUGAUGUAACGUGAAAUAAAUACUAUUUUUUCUACAUUGCUGAAAACUGUUUUAACCUAAGUAAAAAUGGCCAAGUCUUCUGAGAAGAAAGGCAAGAGUGCCAUCAACGAGGUGGUUACUCGUGAAUAUACCGUCAAUUUGCAUAAGCGACUUCAUGGUGUAGGAUUUAAGAAACGUGCUCCACGAGCAAUCAAAGAAAUAAGAAAAUUCGCAGAAAAACAGAUGGGAACUCCUGAUGUUAGGAUAGACACACGUCUCAACAAACAAUUGUGGUCCAAAGGCAUUAGGAAUGUCCCUUUUAGGGUACGCGUAAGGCUGAGCAGAAGGAGAAACGAUGAUGAGGAUUCUGCAAACAAGUUGUAUACCCUUGUCACAUACAUCCCUGUUGCAUCCUUUAAGGGUCUUCAGACUGAAAAUGUGGAUGCUAGCCAAGAUUAAAUACAUGUGUAUUUAUGUAACAAUAAAAAAUACAAAUUACAGAUUAUAAGAUUUUAAA